UAUCGUCCUAGAGACCGUGGAAAAUCUGGACCACUUAGGGCAAUGAAAAACUGAACAACGUGAGGAGUCUGACAUAAAUAACCGAAGAUAGACUACAAUACAAUCAGAGAGCGAAAACCAACAAUCAACUUAUCGGUUUCGUCUGUGUAAGCACAAGAGAACGCGUUUAACGGCUUCUCAACAACGAAGGCUGCAUUAGCUUCAUAAUUAACGGUGACGGUCUUCAUGGAGUUCGCAAGCGAGACGGUGGCAGACCUCAGCCACUUCCGUUUCUAUAACGAAUCCUUGUUCCAGAACAACUUCAGCGGGCCAUACAACGAAACCGACACCUACCUUCCAACCGGCAUUAAGAUGACCAUAGUGGUGGUUUACAUGAUCGUCUGCGUGGUGGGGCUCGUGGGCAACUGUCUGGUCAUGUACGUCAUCAUCAGGUACACCAAGAUGAAGACAGCUACUAACAUUUACAUCUUUAACCUGGCCCUGGCUGACUCCCUGGUGCUGGCCACGCUGCCCUUCCAGGGGACAGACGUCUUCCUGGGCUUCUGGCCCUUUGGGAAUGCCCUGUGCAAGACGGUGAUCUCCAUCGACUACUACAACAUGUUUACCAGUACCUUCACCCUAACAGUAAUGAGUAUAGACCGCUAUGUGGCUGUCUGUCACCCUGUCAAAGCCCUGGAUAUGAGGACCCCACACAAGGCCAAGGUGGUGAACAUCUGUGUGUGGGUGUUGGCCUCUGCAUUCGGUGUUCCCGCCAUGGUGUUGGGGAACGUGGAGGUGGAGCAGAACAGUGUGGAGUGCAUUGUGGUCCACCCAGAACCCCGUAGCUACUGGGAUCCCGUCUUUGGCACCUGCGUCUUCGUCUUCUCCUUCCUCAUCCCCGUGGCGAUCAUCAGCGUGUGCUACAGCCUGAUGGUCAAGCGGCUCCGCAGCGUGCGCAUCCUCUCUGGCUCCAAGGAGAAAGACCGCAACCUGCGCCGCAUCACGCGCAUGGUCCUGGUGGUGGUGGCAGCCUUCGUGGUGUGCUGGACCCCCAUCCAGAUCAUGGCCCUGGCCCAGUCCUUGGGCUUCAACUUGGGCAGCCUGCUCACUGUGGCCCUGAUGCACUUCUGCAUUGCGUUAGGCUACGUCAACAGUAGCCUCAACCCUGUCCUUUAUGCCUUCCUGGACGAGAACUUCAAGAGGUGUUUCCGGGAGUUUUGCCACCCAUCCCCGUUCCGUCUGGACGGCCAGCAGGGUCGCAUGCGGAGUAUCGCGCGUGAGGUGGCGGCCUAUAACUGCAAGGCAGGGGACGGCAACACUAACCCUGCAUGACUAGGCGUGGAGCUGCCCCUGGUGGGGCGCGAGCCCCAACCCAACCCAGGGACGGGCAACUCCAACACAGAACUGACUCAGAUCACUACCCUCUAGCAGAACCGAUGCCCCUGUCGCCUGGCUGCAGAGCUGGGACAGGGGCUUGGGCUGAAGCAGAUGCCUGGGUAAGGGAUGGGUUAGUAAAGGCUGGGACUGGGGUAUGGGUAGAUGCUGGUGCUGGGAAGCUAUCUCUACCAUUGAGGUGGGAAUGCUAAGAAGCUGGGGCUGUAACUGGGGCAGGAAAUGGGUUGGGGUUGGGUAAUUGUCUUCCCCAAAGUGGGGCCAAACUGGGUGGGGCAGGGUGGGGUGGGGUGGCAGGGGACACUGACCCCUCAUUUAAGAGGGUGUCAGGUCACCAGUCAGGGCGAAUGAACAAUCCUGCCCCUCUUUGUGUGGAAGGUUUAGGGGCUGGGGUUCUAGUAACUACUAACUGGGCCAAAACCGGUCCUGGGAUCAGUGGCUUGUAGUUCUGGGAACCUCCCAAAGCCGGGAUGUGACCUCAUCAGCGGUGGCAGCAAGGUAGGGCCAGGUCAGGAUCAGGUGUACUGACCUACCAGGGACUAAGGGGCUUUCUUCUCAGUGUCUUAUUAUCUAUGUGGUCAUCUGUAUGUCUGUUCUUAUAGUGUUUUACCAGUAAAUCAGUUCGUUUUGUAUCUUCUUUUGUGUCUCAUUUGUCUCCUUUCUGUGGCUUUAGUCUGAUGAAGAAAGAUCUGAAUAUUUGGAGAAUUACCUUUUUAGCUAUUCAGAGCCAAAUCCAAAUUUGAGACAUUGAAGGAGGCCUUAAGUGAAGACUGUUAGAGGAUCUUCAGUGAAGACUGUAUACCUGUGUAGGUAAAUCAUACUGUUUUUUUCAUGGUUUUAAUGACUUAUUUGUCUGUUUCAUGACUGAUAAAUAUGUCUCACAGUUUUUAA